CUUCCUCUUUAUUCUUCUUCUUCUUCUCAAAGAUCUCUCUCUCUCUCUCUCUCUCUCUCUCGAUAACCAGAGACUCUCUUUCUCUUUCUUCUUGCAGUUGUAUCAUUCGUUUGUCUUGUUCAAUUCCUGAGAGAUUGGUGUACGGAGAGGGGAAUAUGCGGAGUUGGGAGAAAUCUCUGAGAAAUGAUGGACUGAGAAGAAAUCCUCCAAUCCAAUCAUUGUCUUCCAGCCUUCCAUCGUUUUCUUCCACUCUUCUAGAUGAAAUCUACCGUUCAAUCGAUGGAGGUAAGGACAAGUACGAUGAAAUGAAGCUGUACAAAGAGAGAAAUUCCAAGAAACAGAGCAGCGGCGGAGUAGUGACCUCAGUGAAGGCCAAGGGAAAGGGAAAGCCUAGUAGCAGCAUCGACGACGAAAAAGCGGCGAGUUUCAGGUGGAAGGAAAAGAAGGCGAACGGCGACAAGGUUUCAUCCGGUCGGCGGCGACAAUCACUAUCUCCGGAAUUGGAUAGGAGGAAUAUUUGGAAUCCGCAGAACCACGGCGGAGAUGCUCUGUUUUACAGCUCCUAUUCUAGUUGUUCGGAUUCUAGCUCCGGUGGAGUCUCGUCCUCCGACGCCGAGUUUCCGGCGAAGCCUAUAUCCACGGCUAGUCGUUUCACUGCGUCUAGGCCGAAGCCGGUGAGGACUAGUGUGUCUUCGGCCCAAUCGGAGAAAUUGGGAACAGCUUCAUACUACGAACAGAGCGAUAACUGUCUGUUUGAUGAUUAUUUAAAUCAUCACCAUUGGAAAAAUCCAGGUGGUUCGAAGCACGAUGAUGAUGGCUUGACGAAAACGAGAUCGAGAGCCGCAAGAAUCUGCAGCAAUCUAAAGAAAAUUAAACAGCCGAUCUCACCCGGCGGCAAGCUCGUCAGCUUUCUCAACUCGCUCUUCACCAAUGGAAAUUCCAAGAAGACAAAGAGCUGCUCAUCGAUUUACGAGGAGGAUGCUUGUGUCGAGAGGAAAGCAAAUCCCGUUCAGGAAUCAACAUGUUCAUCGGCAUCCUCGUUUUCCAGAUCGUGUCUCUCCAAAGCCUCAAAGAAUUCAAAUAAUGAAAAAGCAAGCAAUGGAAUCAAACGAACAGUCCGAUUCUACCCCGUGAGCGUUAUCGUGGACGAGGAUAGCCGUCCCUGCGGCCAUAAAUCCAUCUACGCCGACGAUUUCGGAAAGAGAGAAGCACGAAAAGCGGAAAGGGAGCGGAAAAUUGAAGAGGCGGCACGAGACUUUCUGAGAAAAUACGCUAAAAAUGACGAAGAAGUAAACGAUGCAGCCAGUGAUUCAAGCUCUGAUCUCUUCGAGCUGGAUCAUUUGGCGCCUAUAGGGAAUAACGAGAGAUACUGCGAGGAACUUCCGGUCUAUGAAACGACUAAUCUUGGCAAGAAUCGCGCCAUUGCCAGUGGCUUGAUUCCCUAGUUUUCAUCAUCAUGGGAGUUUGAGGAAAAAGCGAUGGCGAAGAGAAGACACGCUGAAAAAGAGAGGGAGAGAGAGAAACAGUUAAUGACAAAGACAGAGAAAAAGGAAGGCGAUGAGAGUGGGGAAGGAAGAUUCGAGAUCGAAAGGAGAGAAGCGUACGGUAUGGCCUACGGCGAUGGGGUAAAGCGAAAGCCAACAGAUCUGUGUCUCAGCUCCAUGGGAAUAGGGAAAGCGAGAGCUUUUGCUUUCUUUCUUUCUCUGGCAUCGGUUUGAAAGACAACAUCUGUUGUUGCUUCUUCAUGCUGUCUCUGUACAAAUCCCCAGGAUCAAGAAAAAAAGAGCCAUUCGUUUCCCUGCUUUUCCCUCCCAAUCCCUCCAAUUUAACAUUUCUUCUUGAUUUUUAUAAAGUAAACAUCCAAACUAGGCCACAAAAUUCUCAUAAUAGGCUACGUUGAUGACUAACGACUUCCUAUGCAACAGGAGUUCAAAUCUUCCUGGCCCAGCCAUAUCUAAUUUUUGUGUGCCGAUGUACGUUGUUGUGCGCUAUUACCCAUGGCAAAUGAGAUUACUCGUGAUCGAAUAACAUACAUGUAAAUGAGUAGAAUGUAACAAAGUGUAUAAAUCUUAUUUGGAAGAGGAUAGAAUAGAAAGUA